AUGCCUCCACGCGCUCUCGGUCCCGGUCCUCCAGACGGUCUCACCAACGCCGUGCAGCUCGCUACCACCAUGCGCCCCGGGCCAAGACCCAUCUCCUCCGCCGGGGACGAAACGGGCUUCUCAGGGGUGAUUGUGACGAGCGGUCGGGCAUGCGAGGCAUGGCGCGCCGUCGUGCAGCAGAUCGCGGAGGAGGACGAAGAGGGCAGUCGAGGUGAGCACCGACCUUUCGCACAUCCCCCGUCCCCGGCCAACGUCGUGCAUAGACUCCAUCGCAGGGUGGUCGGAAGUGCCCUUCUACGCCGUGGCGCGACGACCGCCGCGUCGCUGCGGUGGAUCCGCACGGCGUGUCCCGACUCGCCGCACGCGCCGCGCGAUGUGCGCGGUGGUGCCGAGGCGGGCACGAGCGAGAAGCUCGCGCGGUUUAUUGUCGACGACCUCACUCGCCAAUCGGGACACGUCCCCGAUAUCUUGGAGGAGGCGGGGAUCGGCCUGGAGAGCUUGCAGGUGUAUGCGACGCAAGGGUCACAAACGUUCGAAGCGGACCUGAGAGCGGCGCUGGCUGGGAUGGGCGACUGGACAGACGACAUUUGGUGGCUGGUGCAUUUCGCGCCCAGCUCCGCGCGGCAUGUUUCGCCAACCUUGGACAAGUUCUUCGAGGUCGGGAAGGAUGUGGACUCGACGAAGCCGCGCAGCCGGACGGCUGUCAUCGGCCCUACGACAGCGACAUGUCUGAGAGAAGAACUCGGCAUCCGGGUAGACGUCGUCGCGACGAAGCCCACGGCCGAUGCUCUCAUCGAAGGCAUAGCACUUGGCAUGAAGAAUGCAAUUCUAGCUCGACGCCGCCCGCAGUUCCACAUAUUCACCGCGCCCUUUGUCUACUUCGAAGUCUCGACUACAUCCUCAUCGCUCUUCUCGGACUUUAUCGCGAGUUUUUCCCCGCCCACCGCAUCCACGCGCCCAGACGUAGCAUGUGCACAGCUAACAGGGAUAGCUCAAAGCGGGCGAAGAGGGCUGCAUUGA